AUGGCUAGCGGAUUCGAGAACUGGCAACCUUACAUGUACACGCCGUCGUUGGCGGCAGCGAUCAUCUUCACCAUAGUGUUUGUCGGAGUGACCGCAUACGCUUCAUUCCAGUUUUACAAGGCAUUGAGGUACCCAAACAUCCACCCGCUUGAUCGCAAAAGAACCCUCAUCAUCAUACCUUUCAUAGUCGGAGGAUUCUGUGAAAUCAUUGGCUGCAUCGCUAGAGCAGUGUCUUCUCAAGACGACCAGGCUAGAACGCCUUUCAUCAUCCAGUCGGUGCUUUUGCUUGUGGCUCCUGCUCUUUUUGCAGCCACCAUUUACAUGAUUUUGGGCAGAAUCAUCGCCAUGUUGAACAGCGCCCACCAAUCGCUCAUUCCCUUGCGUUUCCUCACCAAGAUCUUUGUCUUUGGUGAUGUUCUUUCCUUCUUGAUGCAGGGCACAGGAGCUGGGAUCAUGUCUGCUGGAAGCCACGACAAUAUCAGCACGGGUGAAAGUAUCAUCAUUGCCGGUCUUUUCAUCCAAAUCGCCUUUUUCUCCGUUUUCAUCGUCGUCACGGGUCUCUUCCAGUACAGAGUGUUGAGAGAGCCUUCUCUCGAGGCCCAGGGCACCAGAUACACGCCUUCCAAGGUCCACAACUGGCAAUUGAUUAUGUUCACGCUUUUUGCGUGCUCCAUUCUCAUUUUGGUCAGAUGCAUAGUCCGUGCUGUUGAGUACAUUGAAGGCUGGGACGGCUACAUCAUAUCCAACGAGGUCUUCCUUUACACCUUGGAUCUCUUGUUGAUGUUUUUGAACAUGGUGUUAUUGUGCUGGCAGGACAUUUGUGGCUACUUUGUCGAAGUGGGCCCUAUCUCCAGAGAUCAGAAUGCAGGCCAGCUGCUUACUGCCGAUUCUGACGGCUAUAACGAGGCCAAGGUCGGCUUUUAG